UUAUAAAUGCUAUAUAUAUCUGCAUCCUUUCAUUCCAUGCUCACCACUCAUUCCCAACCUCAUCAAGUCCUCUCCUGUUCAUCAAUCUCUUCCGUCUCUCUGCCUGUCAAAAAAACCCGGAAGAGAAAAAUGGUUUCCGAAUCUCUUGGCCAUCUCUUCCUUAUUUCUUUCCCAGCCCAAGGCCAUGUAAAUCCUUUGCUUAGACUUGGAAAAAUCCUUGCCUCCAAAGGCUUCCUUGUCACCUUCUCCACUACUGAAACCAUUGGCGAACAGAUGAGAAAAGCCAGUGGCAUCAUAGAUAAGCUGACCCCGUUUGGUGAUGGCUUUAUCCGGUUUGAAUUCUUUGAAGAUGGAUGGGAACAGGACGAGCCUAGGCGCCAAGACCUUGAUCAAUACUUACUUCAACUUGAGCUUGUUGGUAAACAAGUAAUUCCUCAUAUGAUCAAGAAAAAUGCAGAGCAAGGGCGGCCGGUUUCUUGCCUCAUAAACAACCCUUUCAUUCCAUGGGUUACAGAUGUGGCCACAAGUCUAGGUCUCCCUUCUGCAAUGCUUUGGGUUCAAUCCUGCGCUUGUUUUGCCUCAUAUUACCAUUACUAUCACGGUACUGUACCUUUCCCUGAUGAGGAGCACCCCGAGAUAGAUGUCCAAUUACCAUGCAUGCCUCUCCUAAAACAUGAUGAAGUGCCUAGUUUCUUACAUCCUACAACUCCUUAUCCUUUCCUGAGGAGGGCUAUUUUAGGUCAGUACAAAAAUCUUGACAAGCCACUUUGCAUCCUGAUGGAAACAUUCGAUGAGCUUGAACCAGAUCUUAUCAAGCACAUGUCCGAAAUCUUCCCCAUCAAGGCCGUUGGGCCACUAUUCAGAAAUCCCAAG